AUGGAGUUCACUAUAGAUCUGAUUUCAGAAACUGCACCUAUUUCACAGGCACCCUAUAGAAUGGCACCAGCAGAAUUGAAAGAGCUAAAGGUCAAAUCCAUGUUCGGUACAUUUAAGGAUGCGACUUCAGAAGCAAUCCGGAACUGGGUUGAAAACCUAGAGGGUAGCUAUUACUUGGCGGGUACUACAGUCGGACCUCACCCGUUCCCGAGCAUGGUUCGAGAAUUCCAAACUGUGAUUGGAAAAGAAACAAGAGAACAGGCUAUGGAGAAAUGCGGUGGAAAGCCAGAUGUAUUGGUUUCCUGUGUAGGGAGUGGAUUAAAUGCACUGGGAUUGUUUCAACAAUUUGUAAGAGAUGAAAAUGUCAGAUUGAUUGGAGUUGAGGCUGUUGGAAAUGGAAUAGAUAGUGGUAACCAUUCAGCAACUUUGGCAAAAGGAAAAGUGGGUGUUUAUCAUGGGACUAUGAGCUAUCGUUUGCAAGAUGAUGAAAAUCAGAUUAUUGAACCGCAUUCAGUACGUGUCGGGCUGGAAUAUCUAGGGGUUAGCCCAGAGUUAAGUUUCCUCAAAGACAUUGGGCGCGCAGAGUUUUACAGUGCCACAGAUGAAGAGGCCCUGGAAGCAUAUACAAGGCUAUGCCGAUUGGAAGGG